AUGAACUUGCUACCACAGCUUCCCGACAUUCCUUUGCACUGCAACGUCUGCCCCAAGCGGCCCAACUUCUCCGACGUGAGCCACCUGCUCACGCACAUCGCAAGCAAGGGCCACCUCAGCUGCUACUACAAGAUCAAGGUCAAGGCCAGCACCGACAACGAUGCGAAGGGAAUCAUCGACGACUACGAUGAUUGGUACGCCGACUACAACGUGGAGGAGCUGAUGCGCGAGCGGAUGAGCCAGAAGGAGAAGAAACGCGGUCCAGGCUCCAACAACGCGAGACGCGCCGCCAAUAAUGGACCUGCUCGUAACGCUCCAGCUGCGGCCGGCCGUCAACGUCAGUCACAAUCUCAUCGCCUCCGUGACAACAUGCACCUUGUCGACCCAGCUCUCAACCGCCGCUUCUCCAACGAGCCAUUGGCUCGCGCUGACACACCCAACUCCGUCUACUCCAUGGAGAUGCCGCGCACCUUUCAGUCGCAUCUCCAGAGCGGCGUUGUCCCAGCUCCCUACCCCUUCUCCGACUCGCCCCUCGUCAAGCAAGAGAGCUUCUCCACCGACUACGAAGAUGCGGAAGACCCAUCAUUCGAGCCAAACGCACGCCGCACCACCACUCGCCGUCGACGCAACAUCCCGAGCGACUCGAUUGCCUCCUUCAAUGAGGAAGAGUAUCUCGAUGCCCUCGCCAACGAUACCGCCAAGCUCAAGGGUGUCUUCUGGCCAGGCAUGGACAUCUUCGACUCUGCUACACCAGACAUGCGUCGUAAGCGCAAUCAGAAGAAGGCGGUCUCGGUGCUGCAGGCCUUGCAGGCGACGAGUGAGAUCGUUGAGCCGACUGAGUGUGUCUAUGACGCAGAUGGCGUGUUGAGAAAAGAGCGAGAGAUCACUGGCAACCCAGAGUCAGAGGGCGAUCUCAUUGAGGGGGAGUCUGAGCCCGAGCCUGACCUCACCGAGAAGAAGCGUCCCCGUCGUCCUCGCCCAAGAGCAGCUCUCGCCGACAAGAGUGUCAACACCGGCGGCCGUGCCACCCGCAGCCGCGCCCAGCCCCACCAUCCCUCUGUCGGCGUUCGUGGCAAGAAGAGAGCGGCGCGCUUUGACGGGCUGGAGGGGGAUAAGGACCUCACCUUCAGCGAGCGUCCAUCCAAGAAGCGUACCGGCCUGAGUAUCCACCGAGACAACAGUGGUCCUGACAUUACCUUCGACAACCCCGCCCAGCUCAACGUCCUGACUGCUUCGUUCCGCGAUCCAUUCCAGCAGGGCUACCCAGUCCAUCACCGUCAGACCAACCUCAACAUGCCAGGCUCUCACGGUAGAGAGACUUCAUGGGGCCAGUCCAGCACCUUCCGACCCAACACCAACGGGAACGGCAUGCCAGCACCAAACCUGACCAACUUUGGUCAGUACUUUCACCAUGGCUCAGUCCCACAAGCUGGUGGUAUGGCCAACCCAUUGGGACCCAUGCCGCAGCAGCUGGGCUACGGAAUGCAGGGCCUCCAAGGCGGCAACGGCAUGUUCUCUCAUCACGGCAACCCCGCUGGAACCUGGGACAUGUUCGCCUUCGACCACCCAGAUGUUGGCAUCCUCGAUACCAACAGCAUCAACUUCAACACCACUGCUGAGGUUCCAUCGACGAACCCACUCUUCUUCAGCGGCAACAAGGAAGACGACGAGGCGACCAUCUCGGCCGCUGAGAGCGAGCAUGACAAGUGA